AUGCAUUUGAACUUCGCCACGCAAGGGAUCUACAUGUGGGCGAUCGGUCUCGUAAAGAUCUCUAUUGGGCUGUUCCUCUUGCGCUUUGCCCCGCGAAAGGGCUACAAGAUCUUCAUUUGGGUUGUAAUUGUGCUCAUGCUCCUCUAUACAACAAUUUGCUUCUUGACCCUCGUUUUCCAAUGUAAAGAUAUCCGGAGUAUCUGGGACAUGUCGGUGAAGUCGAGAUGCUUUACCCCCACGCAAUUGUUGGAGCUGAGCUAUACCAAUACUGCGCUGAAUAUCUUGACGGAUCUUAUCUUCGCCAUUCUCCCGGCCUUCAUGUUAAGGGCCCAUAACAGGCACCUUCAAGUGAAUCGCCGGGUCAAAGCCUCGCUGGUCUGUAUUCUGGGAUUAGGAAUCUUUGCCUGUGCCGCCGCAUUUGUCAAACUCUCAGUCCUGCCCAACUACGGCCGCACAGGGGAUUUCCUCUGGGACUACUCUACACUUACAAUCUGGGUCGUCGUGGAAUCCAACAUGGGUAUAAUCGCCGGCAGUCUCCCUACCCUAAAACCCCUCUUCAAGCAAGUCCUCGGCAGCUACGGCUCCCACUCAAAGACCCGCCCCUACAACACCUACGGCAGCAAACAAUACCGCCUCCGCUCCCUCUCCCGCUCCCGCCAAGGCCAAUCCCAAACCCUCCACAGCGCACCUCGAAGCCGCAUCGAAGUCGAGGCAGAUCAAAAGCUCCCACCGUCCCGACACUUUGCGACCACAACCACAGCCACAACCACCACCUACCCCGGAAACGACAGCAGCAACUCCAGCGAAGAGUAUAUCCUGUCACCCACAGGUCCGGAGGGUAUCAUGUGCACCACGGAGGUAAUGGUAUCGCAUACCUCGGAGGCGCGAAAUUCCGCACGCGGGAAGAAGUCGGCGCAUUUUGGGCACGAUGGUAUGGUUUAG